AGCGGCUAUCAUCAUAAGACAAGACAAAAGACGUUGCAAGUGAAAAAUGUUAUCAACAAGAAAUACAGGCGUUUAACCCUUUCCACAACACACUAAUAUAUCAUGACAAUUAGUGUCAGCGUGUUUGCGUUUGUCCAAAGACGUGUCAAGGUUUUUCUGUUGGUAUUUCUCAUCACCAUUCUUGUAGCUUGCUGGGCAUUAACACGCAGUAAUGAAUCCGUUCCUGUGACUAGACUUUCUAAGAAAUUAAUGCAAGAAAUUCAACAAAAAAUUGAAGUUCACAAUGUAGAGAUGUUUAAGCAGGCCCUGAAACCUAUAAAUUUAAAACUUUCAGAGUUGGAGAGAAAUUUUCAAGAUUAUGGGAAGAAAAGAUUUCUCCCUGUGAAAUAUUUAGCAGAAAAGGACCGCAAGAGAAUAUUAAUUACUGGAGGUGCAGGCUUUGUUGGCUCUCACUUAACUGAUGCAUUGAUGAUGGCUGGUCAUGAGGUCACUGUGGCUGAUAACUAUUUCACUGGACGAAAGCAGAACGUAGAGCAUUGGAUUGGCCAUGAAAACUUUGAACUUAUAAACCAUGAUAUAGUUGAACCUUUACUGAUAGAGGUUGAUCAGAUCUACCACUUGGCUUCUCCUGCAUCUCCUCCUAACUACAUGUAUAAUCCCAUCAAGACAAUAAAAACCAAUGCAAUUGGUACUCUAAACAUGCUUGGCUUGGCCAAACGAGUACAUGCAAGGUUACUGUUGGCAUCAACCAGUGAAGUUUAUGGAGAUCCAGAGCAACAUCCACAAAAUGAAGAUUACUGGGGUCAUGUCAAUCCUAUAGGCCCUCGGGCUUGUUAUGAUGAGGGGAAAAGAGUUGCAGAGACCAUGUGCUAUGCAUAUGCCAAACAGGAACAUGUGGAAGUCAGAGUGGCAAGAAUAUUCAAUACUUUUGGACCUCGAAUGCACAUGAGUGAUGGUCGUGUAGUUAGUAAUUUUAUCAUGCAGGCUUUGCAGGACAAACCACUAACUGUAUAUGGAUCAGGGACACAGACAAGAUCCUUUCAAUAUGUCAGUGAUUUAGUGAAUGGUCUUAUAUUACUGAUGAAUUCUAACUACUCUAAACCAGUAAACAUAGGUAACCCUGAUGAACACACAAUCAUGCAAUUUGCUCAAAUUAUAAAGAAAGCUGUUGGGGGAAAAGCACCAAUUGUGAAUGUCAAAAAAAUGGAGGAUGAUCCACAAAGACGAAAACCUGACAUAUCAAGAGCUCUUAAAUACCUAGGAUGGAAACCUUCGGUGGCACUUGAAGUCGGAAUCAACAGAACAAUAGAAUACUUCAAACGAGAAUUACACAAAUCGAAAAAAUCAAAAUUAGUUGAUUUAUAAAAAUUUUAGACAGGCAUAUAAAUGCUUACUUUUUAUAUCCCUGUAUAAUGAAUUUAUAAAUUUCUAGAGAUGAACUAUAUUUAUUACACACACAUGCUUAACAACUGUGUUAAGGAGACAGGUCUAUUGUUUUAGUGAAAAAUGAAGGCUCAGAAGGUUACAACAUCGAAGUUAAGGGGUGCACGGAAAUGACAAAUCGGCUGAAACGCUUUUAAAUUGUUACCCUGUUACCCGAGGCUUCUCUGUGUCUCUCUCUCCGUUGUCCAAAAAUAUCUCUGUUCAGACAAGGAAGAGAAAAACACACAGAAGCCUCUGGAACCGUAUGAUAAUAGGAAAAAUAUUAAUUUGACUUAUAGUCAGUGCUUUUAGAUUAGUUUUUAAUAGUCAUGUGCCAACAAAAAAAGCAACAUAUUUAUGGGCUUAUGAUCUAUUGGUGUCUCUUAGGUUUGUAACUAUUUUCCAAUCGAGUGAAAAUCAUUCACUUAUUAGCUUCCAUGAUGUAGCCUUUUUGAAACGAAGCUAUUUCAACAAGAAAAUUAGAAACACUUCGUGGAACUUAUCGUGCUCAUACUGAAAUGUCGAGUCAAAGUAUGGAACCUCUUCGUAGUCCAGGGCUCGUUUUUAUGCACUUAAUGGUACAUCAUACACAAAACUCUUUGAAACAUUUAAUUUGAUAAAAAUACUUUGAAUAGGUGAACGUCUUCAAAUUUUUUUGUCAGUAUCACAUGAUAAAGUGGCUACUGCUGAUUUCUAUUUUUUAUUAUCUAUGCCUUGUGCUUGAUCUAACAUUUAUAAGUCUGGAUGCCUGAUAGUUUGAAUACUGAUUUCUUUGACUCUCGAAACCACCGAAACGUGGUGUUGGUUUUUAUACAGCCAACAUGGAGCCCAAGCAAUGACUUUGAGGUAAGAUUUUACUUCUUAAAAUGGUUUUAUUUUAUUUUUUGUCCUUAUUAAGCAUUAUAAAUGACACUUUAUCUGUAUAUUUAACAAAUCUGUAAUUUAUUAUAACGAAAUCAAUAUAUCAUCGCCACCAAAAUAAUUUUAACAGUAUAUUCAUAAAAGUAUCAUGGUAUAAUGUAAAAUUCUCUUGUAAACAGCAAUUGCGUUCUUUACCAAGAAAUGAAUAAUAUUUUCUGAAGAUUAUAGAAUAAAUGAUUUGUACAAAUUCAUUUGUAAAAUCUAAAUAAACUUUUUAUGCCAA